AUGGUAAUAGAUUCGAGACCGAGAACAUUUCGUGAUCUCGUGCGUAAGCACACCGACUUCCUCGUGAAUCCUCUACAGUGGACAUCGCGUCAUUUGGAUCUGGUGGGCUCUCGGUUUGACGAUAUCGCAAUCAUUCCUCCCUAUACUGAUUCGACUACAAGCGCCUGCCCGGACACCGGUCGCCAGCCCCCUAACGAUGCCGAAACACUUGCUCGAAACAUUUUUCCCGACGUGAAGUGUCGGAGUCUCAUUAAGAUCUUGGUUGGCAAGGGCCUCCUAAACAGCAAAGGAACGUCACUUUGGUUUCAAGGCCGCCGCGUUCACCGACCGCGCUAUCUCGUGUUUCACCCUCGAAAGGAAUCCCUCAAUCGAAAUGACAGCACCUCACCCUCUUUUGUCGGCUAUGUACAUUACACAGACGUUGUUGGAGAUCGAAGGAGACAGUUUGAACCCUGCUCGGGUCCAAGGGGGGUAAAUAACAGGCCAGGGAUCCAACUAUGCCUGAAGAAAGUGGCGCAGACAACACCGAAAGACUGGACUGAAGAUGCGUACUUUAUGUGUCAUUUACUGGCUCUCGCGCACUCGAUCUCUCUGAACCAACUACGUAUACUGUAUGUAUCUGCUUGCCCCGCUUUGCAUCCCUCCCUUUGGUCCCUGCUAAUUUGCUUCCUGCCCCGUCUUCUUGUCACGCACGGCCAAGAGCGCGAAUACAUCUUCCUUUAUGAAGCCGACAUUCCAACCGAGCUUCUAGAUGGGCUUUGGAAUCCCAAGGAUGCAACAAGCCCCAUGAAAUGGCCUACGAUACGACGGGAGAAAAUUCCGUACGAACCUUUUGAUACUUUCUCGAGCCGACUAGUAGCCGAGCUAGUUGCACCCAGUCAUUCCCCCUCCCACGAUCCCAUGAUUUCAUCAGAUGGCCCAAGUUGCGUCACCAGUAGGAAACGAUCGCACGAAGAAGAAACAGGGGGGAAAUAUAAGAUACCACGACCUUCAGAGUGA